AUGGCUACCGAAAAGCCCAUUGUCGCGUCCGGCGCGGACGUGGGCGAUGGCGUCAGACGACGAGCCGUCCCCCAGGGCCAGUCCGUCCCCAUAACGGCUGCCCCUGAAAUCGACGACAAGAAGAAGCUUGUCAAGAAGCAGAGCUCCUUCCUCGAUCAAUGGGAGCCGAUUAUCGCCCCCAUCAUCUUCACGGCCGUCGCCAUCUUCACCCGACUCUGGAGGAUUGGCAUCAGCGACAUCGUUACCUGGGACGAGGCCCACUUUGGAAAGUUCGGAUCUCACUACAUCAAGCAUGAAUACUACUUCGACGUUCACCCGCCCUUGGGCAAGAUGCUCGUUGGCCUCUCCGGUGUUCUCGCUGGCUACAACGGAUCUUUCGAAUUCAAGUCUGGAGAAAAAUACCCCGAGGAUGUCGACUACACCUUCAUGACUUUCAACGCCCUCUUCGGUAUUCUCUGCAUCCCCAUGGCCUACUACACUGCCCGCGAGCUGAACCUCAGACGUCCCGCUGUCUGGCUUGUCACUCUCAUGGUUCUCUGCGAGAACUCGUACACCACCAUCAGCCGCUUCAUUCUCCUCGACUCGAUGCUGCUUUUCGGUACUGUCGCCACUGUUCUCUGCUGGGCCAAGUUCCACAACCAGCGCAACGAUGCUUUCGAGCCCGAGUGGUUCUUCUGGCUGUUCAUGACUGGCCUCAGCAUUGGCUGCGUGUGCAGUGUCAAGCUCGUCGGUCUCUUCGUCACCUCCCUCGUCGGCCUGUACACCAUUGAGGAUCUCUGGACCAAGUUCGGCAACACCAAGAUGCCCGUCACCACACUGGGCGCCCACGUUGUCACCCGCGUCGUUGGUCUCAUCAUCGUCCCGUUCCUGGUCUACAUGCUCUCUUUCGCCCUCCACUUUGCCAUUCUGGACCACACUGGUCCCGGUGAUGCGCAAAUGAGCUCUUUGUUCCAGGCAAACUUGAAGGGCACCGAGGUCGGCAAGAACAGCCCCUUGGAAAUCGCCUACGGAUCGCGCGCGACCAUCAAGAACAUGGGAUACGGUGGUGGCCUGUUGCACUCCCACGUCCAGACCUACCCCGAGGGCUCUGGUCAGCAGCAGGUCACCUGCUACCACCACAAGGACGCCAACAACGACUGGUUCUUCUACCCUAACCGUGCAGACGCGGACUACGACGCCGAAGCCCCUCCCCGAUUCAUUGGCGACGGCGAGACGAUCCGUCUCAUCCACGCCCAGACCGGCCGCAACCUUCACUCCCACGAGAUCGCUGCUCCUAUGACCAAGUCCGAUAAGGAAGUUUCCAGCUACGGCAACUUGACUAUUGGUGACGACAAGGACCACUGGACUGUCGAGGUCGUUCGUGAUGUCGCCUCCCGUGAUCGCAGCAGAAUCCGCACUCUGACGACGGCAUUCCGCUUGAGACACCCGGUCCUUGGCUGCUACCUACGCGCUGGCAACUGGGGUUUCAAGCAGAUUGAGGUGACCUGCACCAAGACCAACAACCCCAGAGACUCGUACACCCACUGGAACGUCGAGGCCCACUGGAACGAGAAGCUUCCCCCUGGUGACCCUGGUUCUUACAAGUCCCCCUUCCUCCACGACUUCAUCCACCUCAACGUUGCCAUGAUGACCUCCAACAACGCCCUUGUGCCCGACCCCGAUAAACAAGACGACCUGGCCUCGCAAUGGUGGCAGUGGCCCAUUCUCAAUGUCGGUCUGCGCAUGUGUGGUUGGGAUGACAACAUUGUCAAGUACUUCCUCCUCGGCAACCCUCUGGUCUACUGGGGCUCUACCGCCGGCCUGGGUAUCUUCGGGCUCGUCGUCGUCUGGUACUUGAUCCGCUGGCAACGCGGCUACAACGACCUGAACUCCAAGGAGAUUGACCAGAUCCACUACGCCGGACUGUACCCCGUAGCUGGCUGGUUCCUUCACUACCUCCCCUUCGUCGUCAUGGCCCGUGUCACCUACGUUCACCACUACUACCCUGCGCUGUACUUCGCCAUCCUUACUUUUGGCUUCUUGGCCGAUUGGUUCCUCCGCAACAAGAACCAGGUCUUCCAGUACGGAGUCUACGGCGUCCUUUACGCGACCAUCAUUGGUCUCUACAUUCUGUUCAGCCCCAUUUGCUUCGGCAUGACGGGCAACAACAAGCAGUAUAGCUACUUGAAGUGGUUCGACAGCUGGAGAAUCUCUGACUAA